AUGAUCGAUUCGCACAACUUGGCGCACGGUCUAAACUACGUCCAAGAAAGCCUGGGCAAGCAGCUCCCCGUCGGCACCUCCCGUGCCAUCAUCGCCAUCACCGACGGCUUCGACCAGUCCAACACCCAGAUGGCCUACGAUGCCGCUGCCCAGCUGAAGAGCGAGUAUUUCACCAUCUCGAUUGUCAGUUCCACCACUUCGCUGAAGGGUCAAUCCAUCCUCCAAUCCAUCGCCUCCGAUCAAUUCCGAUACUAUCCGCUAGACGACCUCAGCUGGUUGAUCAACCGCGGCACGUUGGCCUCGACCAGUUACUGGAUUUGCAACGCCUAUUACCCGACUCCUGCGCCAAUCACCACCCAACCUACUCGAGUACCUCUCGAGCUGUCCACGGCUCCACCCACGACGGUGGUUACGGCGACGACCACCCCGGCUCCAACGACCCCUUACGCAAACUGCCCGGUCGACAUGGUAUUCCUCGUCGACGAGUCCCAGUCCAUGCUCGACCUGUGGUUCGACAAGGUGUUGACCUACGUCGACAACACGGCCCGCCAAGUGCUGAAGUACCAGAGCAGCGCCCGCUUUGCCCUCGUCAGCUUCAACAAGCGAAUCGUGUACUCUUCCUACAAUAGCAGCGGAUUUUUGGAUCUCACUGGGUUGGAGGCGGCGCUGAAGGGUAUUGCCAGGACCACGGAUGUCGUUGAUUAUACCGUGGGGUUGAACGAGGUCAUCAACAUCCUCGCUACUUAUGGACGGCAGCAGAACGACUCGACAGUGUUGCCGUUUGUGAUCUUCCUUACGGAUGGUGACCAACUUGCCAACAGCAUGAACAGCGUCCUCCCCAUCACCACCAAGUUGCGCAACCAAUACAAGGCCGAAAUCCUUGGCUUCGGCUUGAACCCGAACCCAUACCGCGAGAGCUUGAUUAAGCAAGCCAUCGGCGUUGGCAGCCCCGACGGCUACACCCCUGCUCGCUAUAUCCGCGCCAACACCACCGAUUACCUGCUCGCCACUUCACCUCAGGAUACUGGCCGCCUGUCCGUUGUCUACUUCUCCGCACCGGAAGUCACCGGCACUCUGGUCAGCCAGAGCACCAAUCCGGUCGAGGUGAUCAACAAGCUGACCCCUGCCAGCAUUCCGAAUGGCGGAGCUAGCGACUUGGCUGGCGCCCUCAACGUUGCCAACAACAUCAUCUCGAAGAACUACUUCGGAAACAACCAGGUCGUCAUUUUAAUCGCGAGAGGAUUGUACAUCGAUGGUAACUCGACAAACUGCUGCAAUGAUCCGCAACCCAUCGCCAACGAGUUGAUGAAGAAGGCCGCCGUCCAGGCGGUUAUGCUGGGUCUUGUCACAAACAACACCAUUUUGCAAGCCAUCUCCAACCAGCCGGUGCUCAACGCUAAUGCUCUCAUCAAGGAUGGCGACAGUGAUAUCAACAACGGUGCGGCCAUCGCCAAGAGGCUGGACACGGUUCUGGACUCGAUCAUCGCCAAUCAGCCAUGCCAGAAUAUUGCCGAUUUUCCACCGGUCUGCUCCGAGUACAUCGACGUCCAGCUUGCCUUCCACGCCAACCAAACUCUCAUGCCCAAGGUCCGCAACUUCAUCACGCAGCUCCUGCUCCCGGCUCUAUUUGGUGGCUCCCUCUCCGACAGGCCGUUGACGAAGAGCAGCACCGUGAACUUGGCUUUGAUGACUUUGGACUCCAGCACGACUGUAACCAGCCUAGCCGACUUCACUCAACUCUACUCUCCAAGCCGUUACGCCCAGAUCGUCUCAAACGUCCUCGACAACGCAACGAUCAGCACGGUGCCGUAUGUGUCGAAGGUCUACAACCAAUCCAUCUAUAACCGACAAUGGGGCCGCCCCUUCGCCACCACCAUCGUCAUCAUCAUCUCCGACGCGUUCAGCUCUUCCGAUUACACCAAUGCCCGUGCUAUGCUUGACCGCCUUCAGCCCGCGUACGCUGAAGCUAUCCAAAUCGGAACGCUGGCCUCGCCAAUUCCAGUUUCUGAUGGCAAUCCGAUUAUUGUCCCCGAUAUUAAUGAGCUCGACCCACUCUACAUUCGCAGCUCCAAGGGAUUGGCCGUGGCGCUGGCCAAAGCGGCUUGCAGAACUUUGACGACCUUGCCUCCAAGCACGCCUCCCACGACGACAACGGCAAGGACAACUCCAGCUCCUCUUCCCCGACCGAAACCGAGAGCCGUCUGGCCCGACAUCACCUUCCUCGUCGACACCAGCUACGAUGGAACCAACGCCAUGACUGAUCAGGGUUUCCAACAGCUCCGCCAAUUCAUGUAUCGCUACGUGCUCGACGAGCUGUUCAUUGGGGACACUGGCUCGAGAAUUACACUUGCUACUUUUGACGAUUCCGUCAACGUGGCUUGUCAGUUUUCUGAUAUCCACAACUACUAUGACCUGGCCGAUUGCAUCGUCAACAAGUUUGAGUACUCCAUCACCAAGCCGAAAACAAAGACCAGGGAUUUGGCGGGAGCUCUCGACUACCUUUCCAACAAUGUUUACAACCUGACGAAGGGCUGGAUUCCGGCCAAGGAGAAUAUUUUGGUCAUCUUCACCACUGGAUCGUCGACGACAAACGCAUCCCGUGCCCUAGUUCAUAUGCAGCAGCUUAUGGUCCGCACUUUCGGCAUCAACUUGGGUGCGAAUAUGGACCCGUAUGAGCUCAGCUUGUACGGCCCCGACUCGUACGGCUUCCCCAACUGGGACGACCAAACCCACGGCAUCAUGGGCCAGAACAACUUUGGCUCCCGUAUGAUCGAAUACUUCACCCGGGCCCACCGUCAGCCCCUCUCCAACUUCUACGCCGACUUCUUCUUUAUCGUUGACGAGUCGUACGCGAUGAAUGGGGUCUUCGACAGCGUUCGCACGUUUAUCCUGAACUUUGUGCACCAAUUGACACUUGGAGACAACAAGGUUCGGCUGUGGAUUGUUCCAUUCAACUCGGACGUCGUCCAGGAUCAGGUGCUGGCGCAGAGUGGGCGAUUCUCGGACUUCGAAUCCUGGUGGAACAACAAAUUUGCAUACAAGCAGCCUGCCAAUACAACUUUUGUAAACAUUGGAGCUGCCAUUGAUGCGGUCGCUGGAUACCUUAAUGUCACCUAUCAAACUGACAGAAUGGCGCACGUCACGUAUAUCGCGCAGUCACCAACCGUCACCGGAGCCGAAAAGGCCGCCCAACUCCAAGGCAAAUCCAACGUCGCCAACUAUGUCUUGCUCACCAAUCCCGCCGCCAACUAUUCGCAGCAGCUGGUCACCGAUGGCCGCCAAGUCUUCCGCAUGUCCAGCCCGAAGGAGUUGAACAACUGGGUGACGUCUGGAUUCGGGCUGAACAACAUGAGCCGCUGGUUCGACACGAUGGCUAUCUUCCAAGAAAACUACCGGGCUUCUCACGAGAUGCAACUCGCUGAAGUGCAGAUUGAUGUGGCCUUUGCGGUUGAUCAGACCGCGCUGGCGAAUUCGGCAGCUUUCGAGGCGAUCAAAUCCUACAUCGCCGGUUUCGUCAGCAAGUUCCACAUCUCUAGAACCGGUACUCGAUUCGCUCUUCAGUCCUUCAGCGCUCGACAGGUCGUCGAGGGAGGAUUCCACUUCAUGGACAACAACGACACUGACACUGUUGUGAAUAUGAUCAAGAAUCUCAAGUACAUCUCGUCGUCCGCUUCUGCCAGCUCGGAUCUCGUUACUACCCUCAGCCAAAUCAACGACUUCUUCCUGCAGCCCGAGAAGGGAUGGCGAAACGGUCCAACCUAUGUUGUCAUUUUCACUGGCGCUCAAUACUACUACAACACCACGGCUGCCAUCGCCGACGCCCUCAAAAUCGGCCGAAAGGCCAGAGUCGCCGCCGUCGGCCUUACUGGCUCCCGAAAAGACUUUGUGCAGCAAUUCCUGACCGGCAAAUCGCAGAAUCUGUACCCGGUCGUUGUGGAUCCACUUUCAUUGGUGGACGGUAGCUUGCCGGACAGGGUUAUCUCGCACGAUAUGACCAAAUGGUACGAAGACCUGGUCUACCCCGUGCUCCCUCAUAUCGAUGACGUCCAAGCGGAUUUCAUUUUCUUGAUCGAUUAUUACAACACCCUCGGCACCGCCGGAUUUGCCCAGGUCCAAAACUACCUGGUCGACCUCAUCCAGAACCAAGUCACGACCCUCGGCACCACGAGUCGAUUGGCCGUCGUUGCUUACGGCUAUACUGAGGUGAUGGCUAGCUAUUCGUGGGAUCUCAACGCCUUCCACACUCAAGCCGAUCUGCUGAACGCCGUGAAGACGAUGUCUUACUAUUCUCGAUACGUGGACAGUGAUCUCGCCCGAGCGGUUGAAUACUUCUUCCACAACGAUACCUUCGGCUACGACGCCAACCGGUUGACGUUCGUGGUGGAUAUUGCCGUGUCGCCGGCCAUCGGCCGCCAAAUCCCCUUCCCCACCACAGUCCAACUCAACCGCGAAACGUUCACAUAUGCCUACACAUAUCCCAACGCCACAGUGUACCCCUAUUUGAAUCAGUUCCUCGGCGAAGAGGCAUAUGAGCACCUCAAUGUCGGCUACCAGUUCGGCGCCGUCGACGGCAUGUUCAAACGAUAUGUCGUGGAAGCAUGGCAAGCCUGGCAAGCCAACUAUGGA